AUGGUGACCAUCCAGGUCUUUGACAAGAUGAACCGAACAGAUCUGUCUGAGAGAGCAAAGGAUGAGCUCAUGGCACUUACUCAAGUACAGGGAGAAGAUGUCCCAAACCCAGAAGCGGCAAAGGAAGUUUUGGAAGGAGAAAAGCCAGGUAAACAGGAUAAAUACAGAAGCGUUUUGAAAGAGAAGGUCCAGCAAAUCUGGAAGAACUUUUGGCCUGGAGCCCGUGAGAACAUUCACAUGGUCACCCAAAGAUAUGAGACACAGAUUCCAUUCUGUAAUCCUAAAAUGCUCGGAGGGCCAUUUCCGCACACGGUGGUGCUGCACGGUCCGGCGGGCGUGGGGAAGACCACUCUGGCCAAGAAGUGCAUGCUGGACUGGACGCAGGACAGCCUAGCGCACACCCGCCCCGUUGCCUUCUGUCUCAGCGGCAAGGUGCUCAGCCGCAAGGCGACUUGCUCCUUCGCAGAGCUGCUGGCCGAGAGCGCCCCAGACCUGCAGCGCGCCCUUCCGCAGGUCCUGGCCCAGGCGCACAAGCUCCUGCUGGUCAUUGACGCUUUCGAGGAGCUGCGCGUGCCCUGGGGCACAGGCAAGCUGGUGCACGACCUGGGGGGCGACUGGAGGACGCGGAGGCCUACGCCGGUCCUCCUGGGCAGCCUGCUGAAGAGAAAGCUCUUCCCCACGGCCACUCUGCUGGUCACCACGCGGCCCGAGGCCCUGAGGGAACUGCGGCUCCUGGUGCAGCAGCCGCUCUUGGUGGAGAUGGAGGGGCUCUCCGAGCGCGACAGGAGGGCGUAUUUCCUGCGACACUUGGGAGAGGAGGCUCAGGCGCUGCGCGCUUUCCAGCUGAUGAGAAGCAACGCGGCGCUGUUCCGCAUGGGCGCGGCGCCCGCCGUGUGCUGGAUGGCGUGCACCUGCCUGAGGCUGCUGAUGGCCGAGGGCGCGGACCCCCGGCCCACCUGCCGGACCGCCACGUCCCUGCUGCUGCGCUUCCUCUGCAGCCGGUUUGCGCCUGUGCGGGGCCAAGGCCCGGGUCCGCACCUAGCGGCUGCCCUGCAAGUCCUGUGCCUGCUGGCCGCCGAGGGCACAUGGGCGCAGACCUCGGCGUUCGACGGACUCGACCUGCGCAGGCUGGGGGUGCACGAGUCUGACCUGCGCCCUUUCCUGGACCGGGGCAUCCUCCAGAAGGACGGAGACACUGGGGGCUGCUACCGCUUCGUCCACCUGAGCGUCCAGCACUUCCUGGCCGCUGCGCUCUGCGUCCUGGGGAGCGAGGGCCGCCAAGAUGCAGGGAGCCCCACCUGGCACGCUGGGGCUGUGCAGAGGCUGCUCUCCAAGGAAGAAGGCCUCAAGAACCCCUACCUGGCCCCCGUGGGGCGCUUCCUGUUCGGCCUCGCCAAUGAAAAGAGGGCCAGGGAGCUGGGGACAACCUUUGGCUGCCCAGUGUCCACUGAGUUCAAGCGGGAGCUACUGGAAUGCACAGUGCGGUCCCCUGAACACAGACCCUUCUCCUCGGUGACAGACACGAAGGAGACCUUGUAUUGUCUCUACGAAUCCCAGGAGGAGCAGUUUGUGAAGGAGGCCAUGGCCCAGGUCACGGAAGUGUCCCUGCAUUUGGAAGAUACCUCGGACCUGGUGCACGCAUCGUUCUGCCUCAAGCAUUGUGACCACUUGCAGAAAAUGUGGCUGCGGGUGGCAAAGGGGACGUUCCUGGAGAACGAUACCGCAUGGGGAUCAGAGGCUCAGGCUGACGGGUUCCAGAAUGAUCAGUAUGUUCUUCCUUUCUGGAUGGAUCUUCUUUCUGUGUUUGACUCAAACAAGAGUCUGGUGUUUCUAGACAUCAGUCAGAGCUUCCUCAGUACCUCAUCCGUGAAGCUGCUUUGUGAAAAAAUAGACUCCGCUCCCCAUAAUCUUCAGAAAGUAGUCCUCAAAAACACUUUCCCAGCGGACACCUAUCGGAACUUCUGUGUUGUUUUUUGUGGUCAUGAGACUCUCACGCAUCUGACCCUUCAAGGAAAUGACCAGAGUGAUAUGCUGCCCGUAUUGUGUGAGAUCCUGACACACCCACAGUGUAACCUGCAAUACCUCAGGUUGGUGUCUUGUUCGGCCGCCCCCCAGCAGUGGGCCCAUCUCUCCUGCUCCCUCAGGAUCAGCCAGUCCCUCACGUGCCUAAACCUCACAGGAAUUGAGCUCCCGGAAGAGAGCGCCAAGUUGUUAUGCACGAGUCUGAGACACCCAAAGUGCUUUCUGCAGAGGCUGUCGCUUUGGUACUGUAGCAUAACCAGUAGCGGCUGCAAUUAUCUGUCAACACUUCUCCAGCAGAAUUCAAGCCUUACACACUUGGAUCUGGGGCUGAAUCACAUAGGAUUUACUGGACUCAAGUUUCUGUGUGAGGCUUUGAAGAAGUCAACCUGUAACCUCAAAUGUCUAUGGUUGUGGGGAUGUGCCAUUACCCCUUUCUGCUCUGAAGUCCUCUCCUCUGCCCUUGGCAGCAAUCAGAGCCUGGUGACUCUGGACCUGGGCCAGAAUUCCUUGGGAUAUAGCGGAGUAAAGAUGCUGUGUGACACCUUGAAACGUCAGCGUUCCUCCCUACGGACACUCAGAUCCUGUUGCAUACGUGCAUGUAUAUUCCCAGGCUAUGUUCCAAGGAUGGAAACUGCUGGGUCCGGAUCUGUAUUUGGGGAGAUAUCAUCAGGGAGAUUCUGCCCUGGAGAAGUCCCGCAUGCGUUGCGGCAGCGGGUGUGGGGGCUGAGGAACAUUCCACCCUUCCGUUGCCCCGUCAUCCCCGACGGACCCCGGUGGCUCCCGGCUUUGGGCCGUUGCAAGGACGCUGACCGCGGUCGGCUCUGCCGUCGCUGCCCGGAUCUGUCCGAAUGCUCUUUUGGCCGUUUGCACAACUUCCUCUUACCGCUGCUGGCCUUCACCCACGGACUGGCGUCACAAGGCCUGUCCUCGGGGCUGUCCCCGGCGGCUCGGCCAGGGUACGGCACGUGCAAGGGAACACUCAGCGGCGAACGGCUCCAUCCCCCAGCCGGACGAGAACUCGCUCAUCAGCACUCGCUCCGGCGAGGCGGUCAGGUUGUUCUGCGCAUGCGCCGGGGGCGAAACCGCGGCUCAGAGACGCGCCUGACGUCCCACAGGGAGCCACGAACUUGA